CUGCCUCCUUUGCUUUGUUAUAAUUUCAUAAUGGCAAAAGAGAUAGCGUUAGGGUUCAUCCUGAUUGUUGUUUUGGUGGUUUCAAUUUCACAAUCUCGUCUUGUUAAUGGAGCACCACAAGUACCUUGUUUUUUCAUUUUUGGUGAUUCAUUGGCUGAUAAUGGCAAUAAUAACAACCUCCUGAGCUUUGCUAACGCCAACUACCAACCUUACGGGAUUGAUUUUCCAAUUGGACAGACGGGAAGAUUUUGCAAUGGCCGGACCACCGUUGACAUACUAGCUCAACUGUUGGGUUUUGAGAACCCCAUCCCAUCAUUUGCAGCUAAUAGAGGCCAAGACAUUUUAAAAGGUCUGAACUACGCAUCAGGCUCAGCAGGAAUUCGAGCAGAAACUGGCUUCCAAGUGGGUGCUCGUAUCAGCUUAGAUCAGCAGCUACAAAAUCACCAAGUUACAGUCUCACGCAUUGCUUCCACACUUGGAAAUAACCAAUCGGCUUUGCAGUAUUUAAACAAAUGCUUAUAUUCAGUGGGAAUGGGCAGCAAUGACUACAUAAACAACUAUUUCCUGCCUCAAUUUUAUGACACCAGUCGCAUAUAUAAUCAUGAACAAUACGCCACAGUUCUUAUUCAUCAAUAUUCUCGUCAAAUAGCGAGCUUGUACAAGAAUGGAGCGAGGAAGGUGGCCUUGAUUGGAUUGGGAGCAAUUGGCUGCACCCCAAAUGCAAUCUCAACAUUUGGCACAAAAGGGUCCGCAUGUGUGGACAAUAUGAACAGCGCGGUCCAACUUUUUAACCAAAAGCUUUUAGCUCUAGUCAAUCAGCUAAACGCCAAUCUGACCGAUGCAAAAUUCAUCUAUGUCAACAGCUUUGGAAUGGCUUCAGGGGACCCAGCAGCUGCGGGUUUCAAGGUUGUGAAUGCUGGGUGCUGCCCAGUGAAUAAAUUUGGUCAAUGUGCUGCUGACCAAACUCCAUGCCAGAAUAGGAGUGAGUAUGCGUUCUGGGACGGAUUUCAUCCUACUGAGGCUUUGAAUCAAAUCACUGCAAGAAGAACAUACACCGAGUUUGAUCCGUCCGACACUUAUCCGUUGGAUAUCAGUCACCUUGUUCAGCUUAGUCUAUCAUCAUGCAUUGUUAGAAUUUCCAUAAUGGCAAAAAUGCCAACAAUAUUGUUCAUGAUGGUCGUCGUUUUGGUGGAUCCAAUUCAUGGAGCACCACAAGUUCCUUGUUUUUUCAUUUUUGGUGAUUCAUUGGUCGAUAAUGGCAACAAUAACAACCUCCUCACCAGAGCCAAAGUGAACUACCAGCCAUACGGGAUUGAUUUUCUCACAGGACCAACCGGAAGGUUUUGCAACGGCCGGACCACCGUUGACAUAUUAGCUCAACUUCUGGGUUUUGAGAAUCUCAUCCCACCAUUUGCAACUAGCAAUAAGGGUCUAGACAUUUUAAAAGGACUGAAUUAUGCAUCUGGCUCAGCAAGAAUUCGAGUCGAAACUGGCUCCCAAUUGGGUGGUCAUAUCAGCUUAGAUCAGCAAUUACUUAAUCACCAAGUCACAGCCAUAAGCACUGCUUCCAUACUUGGAAGUAAACAAUCAGCUUUGCAGUAUUUAAACAAAUGCUUAUAUUCAGUCGGAAUGGGCAACAAUGAUUACAUUAACAAUUACUUCAAGCCUCAAUUUUAUCCCACCAGUCGCAUAUACACCCUUGAACAAUACACCACAGUUCUUAUUGAACAAUUUUCUCGCCAAAUAAUGACUUUGUACGACAAGUAUGGAGCAAGGAAGGUGGCCUUGGUUGGGCUGGGACUUAUAGGCUGCACCCCAAAUGCGAUAUCAACAUUUGGAACAAAUGGGUCUGCAUGUGUUGAUAAAUUGAACACUGCUGCCCAAAUGUUUAACCAAAAGCUUGUAUCUUUGGUCGAUCAGCUCAACGCCAAUCUGAGAGAUGCAAAAUUCAUCUAUGUCAACAGCUUUGGGAUGGGGUCAGGCGACCCUGCAGCUGCUGGAUUUAAGGUUGUGAAUGUUGGGUGCUGCCCAGUGAACGAUAUUGGUCAAUGUGCUGCUGGCCAAACUCCAUGCCAAAAUAGGAGUGAGUAUGUGUUUUGGGAUGGAUUUCAUCCUACUGAGGCCUUGAACCAGAUCACUGCAAUAAGAACUUACACUGCUUUUGAUCCGUCCGAUGCUUACCCAAUGGAUAUCAGCCACCUCGUUCAGCUUAGGUUAUAA